AUGGCCAGCCAUGAUUCUGCAUCGGAAGAAGAUCUAGAAAUUGCCAGAAUUUUAGACGAAAGGCAUUCUAAAAACACGACCAAAAGUACUAAAACGGCAUUGAAAGCAUUUGUAAAAGCUGCCGGAAAUGUAGCCGAGUUACAAGACAAAGAAGUUUUGGAUAAAAGUCUGGCAAAAUUUUAUGCGAACGCCGAAAAGAAAGACGGCUCAAAGUAUAAAGCAAAUGCUAUGCUAACGCUUCGGCAAGGUCUAAGACGCCAUUAUUUGGACAAGUUUGGAUUUGAUAUUGUAAAUGACAAGUCAUUUUCAUAUAGCACCAAAGUCUUUAAAGCAGCAGUAAAAGAUUUGCUUCGAAAAGGCUUGGGUUCUGUAAAACACCACGUCCCAAUCACAAGAGCUGAUAUGUCGAAACUUUACAGCGGCGACACCAUUGUGUUUUACACCGAUACUCCGAACGGUCUCCUAAACAAAGUGUGGUUUAAAAUCAUGUAUUACCUAUGCCGACGAGGGCAAGAGAAUUUAAGAGCAAUGACCACGGAAACAUUUGAUAUAUCUACUGACAGCAGUGGAAAACGAUACAUUCACCAUAAGAAGGAUGAACUAGACAAAAAUCAUCGCGAUACAUCUACUGGAGCCGUAACACAAGGCAGAAUGUAUGAAUUACCAGGUAUCUACCUGUAUCCCUGCAUAUAUAUAAUUGCUUAUGCAUGAUAAUUUACUGAGAAUGAUUCCCUCUUUGCUUAGGAAAUCCUGCUUGUCCUGUGACAUCAUUCUGA